AUGAACGCUUCUCUGAGGCUCUAUCGUCGUAUUCUAAAGCUACAUAGGAACCUUCCUCUAACAGCUAAGGCUUUAGGAGACCAGUAUUUAAAAGAUGAGUUUAGAAGACACAAAAAUGCUACACAGGAACAACUCACAGAAUUUAUCCAAGAGUGGAAGGUAACUUGCUUGCACUUCUCGCCAAGUAUUAUGUAACGAAAACGGUCUUAUCGAGAAAGUAAUGGUCGUAGUUUUGGAAUUGUGGAAUCCUAUUACACAACAUGAAUUCGUUACUAGAUAAAAGUUUUAGAAUGUAUCUAUUUACAGUGAUUUAUUAUCUACUCUGUAAAUUAGGUCUAGCUGUACGUGACCGGCAGCACAGUAAUAUGUUUUUUUUUCAUUCCUUUUCUUUUAAUUUUCGCCGUACCACGUUGAGAGACAUUUGUAUAUUACUCUUGAAUUAGAAAAGUGUUAGUUAGAUUCAAGUGUCAAUAAUUUCAAGCAGUUUGUAAAAAGGUGCGAGUUUUGAAUAAUGAGGGCGACUGUGGCACGUUUCAUACUAUUAGUAAGCUCAAGGAUUGGAUAUUUCGCUUUAUAAAAUAAUCCAAAUAGUACGCGCGCUCUGAUUGGCCAUAAAACCAUUUUACAUGAGCGUAUGUAAACACGGUUUUCGUUCCUCUUUCAUUAGUUAUUUUAUAAAAGAACUGUAAAAUGGUUUCUGUGUUUACAUAGCCUGAUGUAAACACUUGGGUGGUUGGGAGAACACUCAACAAGCUGGAAACCACUCCGCUUCAUGUUGUGGUUUCCUACGCUUAUCUCGUGUUCUCCCAACCUCCCGUGUGUUUACAUCAGGCUAUGUAAACACGGAAACCAUUUUACAUUUCUUCAUUAUCAUCCAACUGCACAAAGUAGAGUACAAAUAACGCGAGAAUAGGGUACAAAUAUCCUGCGAUAUUGUACAGUUAUUUGGACUGUUGGUUAUUUUUUGCAGUAAAAAAACCUGUUUAACUAGUCAGCUGAGCGUGCUAUAAGUUCUGCUUUUCCCGCCUUAUGAGAAAUGAACUGAAAGACUAAGCAGAAAAAAAAGCAGUCAGAUAAUAAAUAACUUACUGGACAUUUCAGUGUGUAGUAUCACUGAAUAUUUACUCGUUUGUAUUUUGACUUACCCUACAGGCUCAUCAAAGUACGGCACAACUGGUUACACUACUUAGUGAUAAUACACACCAAAAAGUCUAAUAAGAUAAAUUUUUUUUUUCUCAGGGAGCAUGGUAACAAAUCUUACAAUCUGAUUAGUUCUUAGCAUGGUCACUAAUGCUUUUGUGAGUCACAGAGAACAUCCCUAGCUUUCUUGCCAUUCUUCUUAAAUAAAUUUUGUUUUUCCAGCUGGGCAUUAUUUUGAAGCAAAGUAUUUUUUAACAAAUGAAGCCGAUUAAUAACUUAUUGUCUCUUUUCUCACUUUAAAAUCUCUUUGGUUGCCAGCUGAAAAUUGUUUUCUAGAAAUACAUGGGCAAGAGUUACUUUUUACUUCAUAGGUCACUUCUAGAAGACAACUGAAAUAAAAUAUUUAUGCCCAAACUCAGCCUUACCAAUGCAUAAUAAUUUAAGAUUCCUCUGUCAACAUUAGAAGUAAAAAUGACAUAAGAUGGCAUUCUGUGUGGUUUAGGGAGCUUUCUAGCAUCAGCAGUGUUAGCUGAGAUAAAAUAGUAGUGGGCCAUUGAAGCUAAAAUUAAAAGAAACUAAAGAGGAUUUAGUUAAAUUUUAUGCUAGAGUUUCUAUGGAGAAGUUUGCUCCAAGGACAAAAGACAUGGAACAAUUGGGCUUACAUCAACUACCACCACAAAGCAACCAAAACUAUCCAUUAAGGAAACUUUUAAAGAUGUUCUCUGAAGUAGCCUGUUUUAUUUAUUAUUGAUGCUGCAAUGUGGUGGAAAUCAACCCAUUGAAACAUACAACAUCUAAUAUCUUGGAAUUUUAAAACUUCCAAUGCUCAUCUUCAUCACAUUUUGGAGCCUUGGCUUCUGUGGAAUCACCAUCAAACCAACUAGGGUUGGGUGAGGGUUGUCUUUUCUGUAUGUAUCCUCUUUUUCUGUGAGUAAUCUCACUCAUAGCUGUUAACCAGACCCUACACCACUUGCUGACAGGAAGGUGAGUCCCAACGCACCUACUUUGUGAAUAAUGGAUUUUUCAAUUUUUUAUUCAUUUGUAGAUGUAUGCUGAUAUGUUAGAAAGACAGCAAGAACUAGGAAAGGACUUUGGAAGCUAUUUAUCAGAAGAUCAAUUGUCAAGUGCGAAUGAUGAGCAGUUGUGUCAGCUUUACGCACUACACCAAGAAAUAGCCACUGACUCAGACACAACCAAAAAUCAUUAG